AGGAGGAGUUUUUGGGCAGAAGUUUGCAGCACAGAAAACCUGCGCACUUUUUGUUUCAUGUAGCGACAAGUUGAAACACUUGAGUGGGAUCAGAGUAGAUCUGCUUUGAACAAACGGACCGCUAUGGAAAUCCCAGCUAUAAAUCUAAAGGCGAUAGUCCUGGUGCAUUGGCUGCUUACAGUAUGGGGGUGCAUGGCGUGGCUGCCACCCUCCUUCUCUUGGGGGAACUUCACUGUCUUAGCUAUCGGGGUCUGGGCCAUCGCACAGAGGGACUCCAUCGAUGCUGUGCUCAUGUUUUUGAUGGGAAUGGCCGUGACGAUAUUGACUGACAUCAUCCAUUUUGGGAUAUAUUACCCGCUGAAUGACUUUGCACUGGACAGGGGGCGGGACGCUUUUCGUUUCAGCGCAGGAAUGGCUAUUCUCAACCUGCUGCUCAAACCUGUUUCCUGUUUCUUUGUCUACCAAAUGUACCGAGAACGUGGAGGAGAUUACAAUGUCAACUUUGGUUUCCCCUCUGUAUCCAGAAACAGAGAUGCCUACCAGUCCAUUGACCAACAGGACGAGUCGACCAGUUCAGCGAAUCCUUUCAACCAGGCCCAAGACAGCAAACCUGCACGCACGUACUGAGAGAAGAAGCGGACGACGAACCAGACGGUGCUUUCCUCUGACUUUUUAUGCAGCAGUUCAGUGCCCAGAGGCAGCUUUACAAUCAGUUCCACAUUUUCCUGUAUUUUGUACAGUUGCCUGUAGAAGUUUGCAGCAGCGGAAAAACAAACUUAAUCGCGCUGGAAAAUCGCUAAUUCUCUGUCUGCAUUUUAUGAAGGAAGGUGGUGUAAUUAAAUCCAAUUGAAUUUCAUACUUUGUGCUUACUUGGCACUUGACUGCUGAAUAAAUACAGAGGAAAUACUGCUCUCUUUUCCCAUGCUGUAUUACUACUGCUGUGAAACUGACUGUAUUUAGUAGAGAUGUGUCCAAUGGAACUGUUGUGUCUACAGCAGAUUUAUCAGUUUACUUUUUUCCCCGAGUUAGUUUUUUUUUUUUUUUGUUUUUUUAUAAAUGUGUCACCUAAAAUGUUGAGAGUCUUGCCAUUUUCUCUGGUUUGUGUUCUUAUGUGUAUUAGGUUUACCAUGUACCAUGUUUUUUAUCACUGUAGGGCAGGUGGGAAAUGAAGUCAGAGUGAUGCCAUCUAUAAUUUAACGACUAGAUUUCACUAAAUAUAACACACUGAACCUUUAAUGUAA